UUAAGUUAUAACGACCCUAGUUUAGGUUUGUUUUUGCAUUUUUUCUUUUUCUCGAAAAAAGAAAUUUGAAAUAGGAGUUUAAAGAGAAAGGACCCAAAAUCUCUUUUCUCACUGUGUCUGUGUCUCCUCUUAAAAAUUUGUUCUGAAUGGGGAAAGUGGGGCCCUCGGCGCCUUCUGGGCCUAAAUUUAUUUCUACCGUUCGAAGCUCUCCCUCCCUCCCUCCCUCCCUCUCAACGAGAGUGCAGUGCAGUUUUCGCUUAGUUUGUUUGGCUUUGGCUUGUGCUGUGUGUCUCUCUGGUCCACAGCCUCUGCUUUUGUUAGCCCAUUUACUUCCUCUCUUUGUCCCGACUGUGUCUUUGCUUCCCCAUUUUUUCCCACUUCCUCUCCCCUCUCUCCUCAUCUUUCUUCUUCCGGUAAUGUGACUCGCAGCUUUCCAUUUGGAUUUUGGAGCAAGUUUUUUCUCUAACAGAUUAAUGGCGUAUAUGUGCGCAGACAGUGGGAAUCUAAUGGCAAUUGCCCAGCAAGUCAUCAAGCAAAAGCAACAGCAGGAGCAGCAGCAGCACCAUCAGCACCAGCACAAUCGCCAUCAACAGCAGCAGCACCCCUUUUCUCUUCUUCCUUGGACCAGUAAUCCAUCCCCAUCAAUGGCUUCUUCUUCCUCUGCUCCUAAUUUGACCUUCGGGAUUUCUGGCUCUGCCUUCUCUGACCCCUUUCAGGUCGCCGGACCGCCGGAUUCUGCCGACCCGGCUUUUCACUUCCCCAAUUUGGACCACCCCUCCGCCGGGUUUAGGUUCUUCCCUAAUUUUGGCGGCGGCGGAGAGUUCGACUCCGAUGACUGGGUGGACAGUUUGGUCGGCGGCGGAGACUCCACGGAUAGCUCCAAUCUGCCCUCUGCUUGCGACGCUUUUGGUGUGUAUGGUGCGGAUCCAUUUAAUGGCUCUCCGAGUCGACUCAGUGUCGCUUGCUCUCCGCCGUCCGAGUUCAACCGAGUUGUGCUCCCGGAUUCUUCGUACAAGACGAGUAGCGUUCCGCAGCCGCAGCGCCCGGCGUGGAGUUCGCCUCCGCCGCCGUCUUCUCCACCGGCGGUUAAGGAUGUUGGAGUAGUCAAGCCGCCGGCGGAGUGGCUGCAGAAGAACGAUGCCGUCGAAGGCUCAUCGAGUGCGGCGGAAACCGAGUCGCCGCCGCCGCUUCUAAAAGUCUUGCUUGAUUGUGCGCGGCUGUCCGAUUCCGAACCCGACCGAGCCGUGAAAACUCUUGAUCGGAUCAGUAAAUCGCUGCGGGAAGAUGGAGAUCCGAUUGAACGAUUGGCGUUUUACUUCGAGGAGGCUCUUCGGAGCAGAUUGUCCCCGACGGCGAGGAAGAAUCGCUUGGAUUCGAGUGAGAGCGACGCUAAUUCCGAAGAUUUCUUGCUCUCUUACAAAGCUCUGAACGACGCUUGUCCUUACUCCAAAUUCGCCCAUCUCACGGCGAAUCAGGCGAUACUGGAAGCUACAGAGAGAGCGAGUAAAAUUCACAUUGUCGACUUCGGAAUCGUUCAGGGCGUUCAAUGGGCGGCGCUCCUCCAGGCUUUGGCCACACGAGCCGCCGGAAAGCCUACCAGAGUUCGUAUCUCCGGAAUACCCGCGCCGUCGCUUGGAGAUUCACCGGCGGCGUCUCUGUAUGCGACUGGUAAUAGACUUUCCGAGUUCGCGAAGCUUCUGGAACUGAAUUUCGAGUUCGAACCGAUUCUAACGCCGAUUGAGGAGCUGAACAAAUCGAGCUUCAUCAUCCAAUCGGACGAGGUAUUGACCGUCAAUUUCAUGCUUCAACUGUACAAUCUUCUCGAUGAGGUCCCGACUGGAGUUCAUAACGCCCUCCGAUUGGCGAAAUCGCUGAGCCCUAAAAUAGUGACUCUCGGCGAGUACGAGGCGAGUUUAAACCGAAUCGGAUUCUACAAUCGCUUCAAGAACGCAUUGAAAUUCUACUCCGCCAUUUUCGAAUCGCUAGAUCCAAACUUACCUCGAGACUCGCCGGAAAGACUCCAGUUAGAGAAACUGUUGCUCGGCCGUCGAAUCGCCGGCGUGGUUGGAACCGAAGAAGAAUCUGGAAGCAAAAGAAGAGUACGUAUGGAAGACAAAGAACAGUGGAAGAACCUGAUGGAAAGCUCCGGUUUCGAAUCCGUAGCGCUCAGCCAUUACGCCAUUAGUCAGGCGAAAAUACUUCUCUGGAACUACAAUUACAGCUCCCUCUACACUCUAAUCGAAUCGGCGCCGGAGUUUCUGUCUCUGGCAUGGAACGACGUUCCUCUCUUAACUGUAUCUUCUUGGCAUUGUUGAUGGAUCGGUUUCUUUCCUUUCAUUAAUUUUCUUUUCCUUGGGGAUAAUCAGUUUCGAUCAACCAGGUCUUUUUCACUGGUAUGGUAUGGAACUGAAAACCGAAGCGGAACAAAUUUCAAAUUGCAAUAUCGAUGACGCCAUUGACAGACAUAGUCAAAAGCUCUCUCCUGUUCAAAAUCUGAAAAAAGAAAACAAUGGCUCUUUAAUCCUUGAUUUCAAACCAUAAUUUGUCGCGAUCAGAAGGAUUGUUCAGUGGGCGCCAUUGCCAACCUCUUGAGAAACCCGUUUUUGGGUUUAAGAUUUGGUUCUUAUUUUUGUAA